GCCCAGUCCAACAGUGCAUCAUCGACGCAGGCUCGCUCAGAGCAUGUCUGGCCUUCAUUGCUGCAUGACCAAUUAUUCGACUUUACGGACGUCGAGUUCGAUACUGGCUUCUUCAUAGAUGAUGGCAACAUCGACUUCACCAUGCCUACCAACUUGGAUUCUCUUGCCAAUACUCCAUCAGGCCAGCUGUCAGAAGAUGUCCGCAAUCAUGUGCUCUCCUCGACCGGUGCGCCAAAUAUCGACUUGCAGGAGCAAAAGCCGCCAGAUUUCCCGGACUUGAUUUCCUCUCCAAUGAACCCACAGCAAGCCUUUGGAGACAUCGCGAAUGAAGCAGGUAACGUACCGCAGUCAUCUGAGGGCCUGCAAGGCGCAACUGCUUCUUCUCCAGGCCAGCCGAACCAGCGAGCUCAUGAAUCCGGAAACCAGAAUGUCCUUCACAAGCACCCUUCCGCGGUGUCGGACACACCGGAGACGGUGAAGCGUCUUUUUGACAGUCAUCUCUGUGAUGUCCUGUCCAUCAAGGACGAUAAAACCACGAACCCAUGGCGAGUCCAUGUUUGGCCAGUGGCCGACGGUUGUCCAGCCCUAUACCAUGCUCUUGCAGCAAUGACAUAUUUAUAUACGAGCAAUACGCUGCCGCAGUACCAUGAGAGUGGCUUGGAGCACUAUCAAGCCAGCCUGAAGGCCGUCGCACAGGGCGAAGACAGAACCAAGAUGUCUCUCGAAGCCUCUUUGGCUGUUAGAUUGGCUCUUGGCUUCGCUGAAUCUUGGGACGCCCAGCAAACUCACUUUGGGAUUGAGCACGUCAGAAUUGCAGGGCAUCUUGUUCGAACGGCAUUCAAAGAACAACAGGCUACGAGUCUAGAUGGUAAGGAGCUGGACCGUCUGAGCUUCCUCGCACGCGCCUGGAUGUACAAGGAUGUUAUGAUCCGCCUGACAGCGUCAUAUGAAGGCGAGUCUGUUGAUUUGGAGUCUGUAACAGGCUAUAUCCAGUUCGACCUGUUGCCACUGGAACAGCAGCUCGAUCCACUUAUGGGCUGUGCAAUCACACUGUUUCCAUUGAUCGGGCGUUUAGGCGACAUUAUCAGAUCCGUUCGACGGAGAACCGAAAAGCACAACUCUCCGUUCGUGAUCUCUAGAGGGGCAGAACUACGGCUGGCUAUCGAAGGCUGGAGCCCCUCCUUUGAUCCUGAUCGGUCAGGUGGUCUUACGUCCCAUACCUCCGAUGUCAUCCAGACGGCCGAGGCAUAUCGCUGGACGGCGCUGCUGCUCCUUCGGCAGGCCGUGCCGGAGCUUCCAUGGGUUCACUCAAUUUGGGAACUUGCUGAGAAAGUUUCAAUCUACCUUGCAACCACCCCUGUUACCUCCCGAACAAUGAUCGUACAGACUUUCCCUCUGAUGGCAAUAGCUGGCGAAGCCUUUGAUCAAGAAGAUCGAAACUGGGUGCGUCAGAGAUGGGAUGCCAUGGCCAAGCGGAUGCCCCUUGCGAGAUUGGACAAAUGCAAGAGAGUGACUGAGGAAGUAUGGAGGAGGAGGGAUACGUUCGAAGCCAAAUGCGGAGCAUGUCCUAGCUGUGGUGCUUACCGGCUCAGUUCGUCGGGAGUCAGCCCUCCCAUGGAUCCCAUGGCGACCAAUGCAUCGGCGCAUUCCAUAGAGGGAGGAAGCCGUCGCUGCCGAUGCAGUGUGGCGACCAGAAUCACGGCGCCAAUGUCGAAUUUUCCAGACUCCUUGGCUUUCAAGAAGGGAAUUGACAACAUCACAAGGGCAGGGGAUCUGCAUUACACAGUGAGAGGGGACCUGCAUUGGCUGGGAGUCAUGAAAGAUUGGAACUGGGAAGUAAUGCUUGUGUGAAGUGGGAGACUUACUCUGGAUCCAAAGUGCUCGAGGCAUGAAAAGAAUGUGAAAGCCAACACUGUAUCUCUCACCACGCCAGACCUCUUUGAUGUGGUUGGCAACUCAGACCGGAGCAAAGCUCCACAUCCUCCUUGCUCACAACGGCAUCAUCAGGCAGGUUCUGCUGAGCAGGCCAUAUCUCUUGCUUCGCGGCCUUCUCCCGUUCCACGUGGUCCCAGAUUGCCUCGCGUGCGCGCUGCUGGAAGUACAGAGGGCCUCUCUCCAGUCUCGGAUGCAUCUGACCAUUCACGAACACGCCCGCGUUAAGGUUCUUCUGCGAGAGUUCGCAGAGCAUUUUGUCCUCAGACACCACUUUGGCAUAUAGCUUGUGGAUACGUUGGAAGUCCUCUUCGGAUGAGUUCUUGUUUCGGUAGAUCUGAUAGUGCAUUGAUGAGCUCUUUGGUCCGUUGGGCAGGAAGCGCUGAAGCAUGAUGAAGUGUGGCCUAUGAGUCUUGUCAGCAACCUGCUUUCCAGUCCUGGAUGGCGCCAUUUAC